AUGCUUGCUGCGAGACGAGCCAGCAACGCUUGCCCGCAGUGCCGGCAGCAGCUGCAGCUCUUGUUUGAACAUGGAUUCUCCUCUCCGACUCCGACACUCCUCGCCCGCCGGCGCAUGUUCCCGGCAAGCUUGGUGCUUGCUCCGUCUGGCGCCAGACACCGCGCAGCAUUUGCUACGAGCAGGAUCGUACGACAGGACGGCCGCGUUGAGACAACACCGAAAAGGGGGGACGAAGACGUAGAAGCGAUUGUGCGGCAAGCCAAAGAAAUGUUUGGUGACACGCUGCCUGCUGGCUACCUGUCGCAGGAGGAGUUCAAGCUCUACACUCGGUUGUACGGCGAGCCUCUCCGUUCCACGACUGCCGAAGACGUUGGCCUGCCCGCUAGAGAUGAAGGUGAUAACAAGAAUACCGCGCAAAUGAAUACACUGUUCAGAGAGGGUGAGCAUGGGGGAUUGGAAGAAGUCCUGUACACCCUCGACACCGCGCGGACGGCAACGGAAGAGGUGGAUCUAUCUCUAGAGAUCGACGUUGGAGAGCUGAGACCCCCGACGGCAGCACAGAUCGACUACCUGAAUGCACACGCGAAGAGCAAGAGAGAGUACGAUGCGUUGCUGAAACUGCAACGUGAUUUCGAAGCAGCCAGUCUGAGACCGCUCGAGGAAGAAGAGAUCGAGGAGGAGCCCGAAGAAGAACCUGAAGAGGAGGAAGACGAAGAUUUCGAGGACGAGCCGGGCGCCGUUUUUCACACUGUUGGAGAGACUGGCGGCAGGCUACAUAAUCUUACACGCGAAGGUCUAUUCGGAACCAACCCGAGCACGGUCCAUCUACCGAAAGACGACAUGGUCCUGCCGAUUACCGAGCUGCUUGGCCGAACCGAUACGAAGCACAUAAGACAGACUGCUGAGAAGGUCUUUGGUGGGCCUGGACUCCCAUACUCGGUGGCGACACCUCAAUCUAAGAAGAACCUCCCGCAGAAGGGCAUCGCCAUGCAAGCCACCCAACACAGGAUGUCGGAGAUUGAGGCCGAUGCAUAUAUCGCCACGGUGUUCCCAGGAGUAUAUUCCUCUGCGAUGAGCGCGCUGGUGGAGGUACGCAAGAGACUUGGCUCCGAGUGGAUUCGAGGCUUGCUUGCCAGGCGAGAUGGCCAUGCGCCCCGAGUACUGGACGUCGGCGCUGGCGGCGCAGGUCUCGCGGCCUGGAACGAUGUCUUCAAAGCUGAGUGGGAUGCGCUGCGGGAGCGGGGGGAGGUGCAGACGGUCUUGCCCCCCGAGGGCAAGAAAGCUGAGAAGACGGUCAUUGUUGGCUCUGAUAACCUGAGGCACCGCGUCUCUCGAUUCCUACAUAACACGACCUUUCUGCCACGGCUCCCCGAUUACUUGCAUUCGGCAGAGAACGUCGAUCGACUUCUUGAUGCACCCGCUACUCCUCAGCCGAGGAAAACAUACGACAUCAUCAUUGCUUCACAUCUGCUCAUGCCUCUUGACAAGGACUUCAAGCGCAAGGACCUCAUCGACAAUCUUUGGGCUCAGCUCAAUCCCGAAGGCGGUCUGCUGAUUGUGCUAGAGAAGGGACAUCCUCGCGGGUUUGAGGCGGUUGCAGAUGCUCGUAUGCGCAUACUUGAAGAGUACAUCUCGCCCCACGGGUUGGAGGAAGCCGCCAAUGCUAUAGAGCAGGACAGCGGCCGGAUUCGCGAGCCCGGCAUGGUUGUCGCGCCGUGCACGAACCAGCAGAAAUGUCCCAUGUAUCUCAACCCCGGUCUCACCCCAGGCAGAAAGGACUUCUGCCACUUCAGUCAACGGUUCAUCCGUCCGCCAUUCUUGCAGAAGAUUCUCGGCGCUACGCAUCGCAACCACGAGGACGUGAGAUUCAGCUACGUUGCAGUAAGGCGCGGCGAACAGCUUCCGACGCCCCAGGACGCUGCCGAGCCUCCAGCGCGUGAGCUGGUCCAGGGAGCCGAGGCGACUGACCGCGCAUUCACGGGCUACGAGGGAACCGAGGAUCUUCCCCAUCCGUUGUCUCUACCUCGCAGCAUCUUGCCUCCGCUCAAACGGCACGGGCACGUCACCUUUGAUCUCUGCACACCUGCCGGUCACAUCGAGCGCUGGACCGUGCCUCGAUCGUUCAGCAAGAAAGCUUACCAUGACGCCCGCAAGGCCAGCUGGGGCGACCUGUGGGCCCUGGGCGCCAAGACCCGAGUCCGGCGCGACAUUCGCCUGGGCAGAGGCGGCAAGACGGGCGCGAUCCCGCUCGACGGCGGCGUGCGGGCGGCCAAUGCUGUGGCCGAGGCGGGGAAGAAGGCGAAGCCCAGGGUCAUCGAGCUGCACGCCGGCCCCGACGGUAUCCACGGUGCCUCGGAGAAGUUCCCGCGCGGGAGAGCCCCGAGGGAGAGGCGGUCCAAGAGGGGCAGGAGGCAGCAGAUCAAGGAUUUGUUGCAGGAGCUCAAAGAGAAUGAAUUCACGGCGUGA